GGCUGCUGGGGUCUCGAGUCGCUGCAAUCUGUUGCGCCGCCGCCCGCGGGAGCGGGCAGAUCCGGGUCUCGUGGCUUAGAGUGACGUGGUCAGUCGAAUCAAAACAGAGGAGGGGAGGAAGUCAGCGGCCAGGAGCAGCAGCGGCCGCGGCGUCCCGAGCAGCCGCAGCGUUCCGGAAGCUUCAGGCGGUUUUUCUGCCGAGCCUGGGUCCCGGCCCCCAUCCUCCCCGCCCCGUCGGUUGUUGUCUGGGCGGAUUUAAACAGUCAAGUUAAAUCAAACUGGGAAAUCAUGGCAGAAGGUGGAUUCGAUCCCUGUGAAUGUGUUUGCUCUCAUGAACAUGCGAUGAGAAGGCUGAUUAAUCUGUUGAGGCAGUCCCAGUCCUACUGCACAGACACAGAAUGUCUUCAAGAAUUGCCAGGACCUUCUGGUGAUAAUGGCAUCAGUAUUACCAUGAUCUUGAUGGCCUGGAUGGUUAUUGCAGUGAUUUUGUUUCUACUGAGACCUCCUAAUCUAAGAGGAUCCAAUCUUACUGGAAAGCCAACCAGUCCUCAUAAUGGACAAGAUCCACCAGCCCCUCCUGUGGACUAACUUUGUGAUAUGGGAAGUGAAAAUAGUUAACACCUUGCACGACCAAAUGAACGAAGAUGACCAGAGUACUCUUAACCCCAUUAGAACUGUUUUUCCUUUUGCAUCUGCAAUAUGGGAUGGUAUUGUUUUCAUGAGCCUCUAGAAAUUUCACUUGCAAGCUUAUUUUUGCUUCCUGUGUUAUCACCAUUCCUUUUUACAGUAUAUUUGAGUAAAUGAUUAUAUUAAAAAAAAGUUACAUGGGCUUUUUUGGUUAUCCUACACUUAAACAUUCCACUCAUUCUGUUUGUAACUGUGAUCAUAAUUUUUGUGAUGAUUUCUGGCCUGAUUGAAGGAAAUUUGAGAUCUCUGCAUUUAAAUAUUUUAAAUAGUUUUGAUAGGUUUUAAAAUUGCUUUUUUUUUCAUUAGUUAUUUAUAAAGUUACUUGGGGUUGUCUGAGAUUGUAUGAAAAAAAUUAGAACCACACUGUAUUUACAUUUACCUUGAUUUGCGGGUGGCAGUUAUCUCUAGUUCUUGGGACUGUGGCAGCCUUUGGAAUAUUUUACAGUUCUGUGUCAUCCACUACAACUGGCUUAUGUGGCUAGAAAAGGAAGGGAGAAGAAAUGAAAUAGUUGUUUACUAGGUUUUUUAUUCCCGUAAAAAUGUCUAAUAUUAGGAGAACUUUAAACAUGAUUUAAAUAUGGUGGAUGAUUUACAGUCCAUUAUAGCCUUACAAGGUUUGUGAAAGGAGGAAAAAAGUUAAUUCUUUCUGCCUUUGCCAAGUAUAUUCUAUACAGUAAUAAUUUAAGCUAUAAUUUAUUUGUUAAAUGGGUGCCUCUCAGGAACCUUCUUUUCUGUUCUAACACUUCCCUGUUAAAUGGAACUAUCUUAAAGCUGUAUUGGGGACCUAUUUGGUUACUGAUAUUUGAAUGCUCUUUACUUAUUUAGUCUUUUUUCUGUGAGGAAAAAAUUGAAUCUUUUAUUAUCCUUCUUACUUUAAAAUAUAUUUGAUGAAUUCUUAAUUUACUCCAAGGGAGAAGGAGGAAAAUGAAAAAGCAAUCAAGGAUCUUUUUCUCACCCCUUAUCUCAUUCUUGUUUAGUAAUAAGAUGGAUUGGGGUGAGGAGGAGUAUUAAUAUAAGUAAAAUAUUGAAAUGUAUGAAAAGUAAAAGGUUGCAUUGUUUUGCUCAGUUUGAAAGAAAAUACAAAUGGCAUAAAAACGAAGUCUGAAUGACCCAUGUGGUUAUGGAAUUUUUUCUUAGCAAGUGAUUACAGAUGGUUUAUGGGGGCUAGAAGAUAUUUUGCUAUCAAUGUAAGGAUUUUUCCCCCAGAUGAGUCUAGCUUUUCACUGUAUUGAUCUGAGAAAUUAGUUGUAUGAAUUAAUAAACUUCUCUAUAUCAUUGUACUGUUUAAUAGAGUCUCUGAUACAAUUGUGUGAUGCUCAUAGGGUAUUUUCCCCCCUUUAUUAUGAUUACAUUUUAGGCCAUAAACAUUUUAAGGGCUUCAUUCAUUAUAUAAUCCAAUAUUGACUGCUUGCAUUCCUUUUGUGCAUCUUGGCUUUGUGCUUAAUUUCUUGACAUAAUAUAACCUACUCAAUUACUUUAUGCUAAUUGAAGGGUAUCAUAACACAGGUAAGUCAAAUCUUGGAUAAUUGAGCACCAGAGGUUUAAAGUUCUUCCUCUUGCUGGGCCUGGAAACCUUCCCAGCUUUAUAGCUGUUAGAGUAUUUAAUGCAGAAAGGGCAGGAAUGGCAUAGGAUGGAGCUAAAUCUCUGUAAGCAUUCCUUUUUCUGCCCUUGCCCCCUAGACUUUGAAGGCUUACACAUAUAUCCUAACAGUCUUUUCUCUAAGCUGCUAGAAAGCCAAUCUUUGGCAGAGAUACUGAUGUAUUUACUGAAUCUGUGGCUCACAAAUAAUUAAGAAUUGGCUUUGGUUGAAGCCAACUGGCCUAGACCUGGAAACAGAAUGUCUAGUGUUAGCUAGAGACCUGCAAAUCUAGAUUCUUAUUCCUGAUUCUUCAUUUCUGUUAUGUACACUUAAUUGAUAGUACAUCUAGAAUAUUAACCUUUUCUAUAUGGACCAUCUAUUUAAUUAGCAACAAAGCUCCUAGAGAAGUAGUUUUGGUUUUUUUGCUUAUAAAAUUUCUCCGUAUUCCUGAGAAAGACCAUGUACUACUGCAUAUAAAGUAUUCCUGUUAACCUAACUAGUAAUUUAUAUUAUUCUAUUUAAUUCUUAAACUUCUACAUGUGGCCUUCUUAUUGAGCACACUCUUAGUCAUUACUUGGCUUGUAAACAUUCACCUGAACUGUGGCUACAAUCAUUUUUAUAUAAUCUGGAAAAAAGAAAGCUAAAGCUUCACAUUUUAAUUUUUGGCUCUUAAAUAUUCCACAACUAACAUUAAGUUAAUUUUAUUUAAGAGUGAUUUGAUGUACCUUAUGCAAAGUAAUGUUUUCUUUCCAUAUGGAAAAAGUUAACAUUGGAACUGUGUAUAGUAAAAGAUUUUAUCAUGUAUCUAUCCAAGCCCUAUCCCAUAGCCAGCAAGUCAUAUUUUAAACUUGCAGAGAUUUUCCAAAGUAACUGUUAGGUUCAGCUAUUCCAUGGUUACUUUUAGUGUCAUUGUGUGGUAUGUGAUGUGGUAGUAUUUAUAGAAUUACUGAAUUUUUAUAUUUUCAAAGAAACCUUGGAAAUUUGUCACUCUGAAUUAAAGUCUGUCACUCUAAAUAAACAUGUGCUAAAAUUGGACCAGCGCAUCAGCUUACGACACAAAAUAGCAACUUGAAGGAGAAAUGAAGCGUUUACACAUAAUGGGUUAAAUUUUUGUUGUUGCAAUAGUAGGUUUAGUCUUAACAUAAUAUUUCUAAAUGAAAAAUCAUAUGUAUUUGUUACCAUGUCUGAUGAUUGCUUUGUUAAAAGCAAAAGUGGUCAUGUGAUGUACUAAAUAUUAAUUGCUGUUUUUAAAUGUUUAAAUCAUGCCAAACAAAUCAUGUCUGUGCCAUCCAGGGUUUAUUGUAAUCUUUUACUGAGUACUUGGACUGGGAUAAAGGGCUUGUACUAUGCACUUUUUAUUAAUGAAUAAAUAGAAAACGUUAGUAAUGCA